CACCCACUCGCUUGCCCUGGCUCCUUCUCACUUUGUACACACCCCCAGCAGGUGCUUUCACUCGAGGUUUAGUUUGCAGUUGUGCUUUAGGCUGUGACUUUCAGAUUAGGUGUAAUUGUACCAAAGAGUCUGGGAGGGUCUGAGGCCUCGGGCUGGGGGUUCUGCGACAGUCGCCGACAACAGAGCAUCAAAAAAAAGAAAUAGACAAGAAGAAAUCGGAAACAGAUUGAAGGGUGCUCUGCUGCACCUCUGCAUUCAGGUAGUGCUGGUUUGCAACAGAGAGAAGAUCAUCCUUCAUCCUCAGCUGAACCAGAGCUGCGCUGCAUCUGCUGUCAUCCAGUCAAAUCUUUGCCUCUGGCCAUCAGAGCAGCUUUGCCUGGGUACCAGUUAUGUCAAAUCCAGUGGGCGGUUUAUCAGAAGGCACAGUGUAUGGAUCCCGGAUCGGGAUGACAGAGGACACCCUUGCCAUCCUGGAGCAAAACAGGGACUCUGGAGAACCCUGGGACAUGGGGGAGACCAAACCAAGCGUGGAAGCCCUGGAGCGUGGCAUCCCGGGCCUCUACCUCUCCUGCUUUGACAUGCUCCUCACUGAAGACGCCACCUGGCUGGUGAAAGUUUCAGAGGCCUCCUCAACGCUGGCUGUACCCAUGUCUCGCAUGGAGCCCCAGGAGGAACCAGAGCAGUGCCCCGUCAUUGAUAGCCAGGAACAGGGACUCUCUCCUGAGCUGGAGGGGCAAGAGGAGGAGCGGUCUCUGGAGCAGGUGCAGAGCAUGGUGGUGGGAGAAGUGCUGAAGGACAUUGAGACAGCCUGCAAACUGCUCAACAUCACCCCAGACCCUAUAGAGUGGAACACGGGGAAUGUUCAGAAGUGGCUGCUGUGGACUGAACAUCUGUACAGGCUGCCCCAUGCGGGAAAGGCCUUCCAGGACUUGACAGGAAAGGACCUGUGUGCCAUGAGCGAGGAGGAGUUUCGCCAGCGCUCGCCACAGUGUGGAGACACUCUGCAUGCACACCUGGACAUAUGGAAGUCAGCUGCAUGGAUGAAAGAGAGGUGUUCAGUUGGAGACACAAAAACUACUGGUGGCGAGGAGCUUUGGUCUGAGGCAGAUUCGUCUUGUUCGGGUCAGCCCAUUCACCUGUGGCAGUUCCUCAGAGAACUCCUGCUUAAACCUCACAACUAUGGACGCUGCAUCCGCUGGCUCAAUAAAGAAAAAGGUAUUUUCAAAAUCGAAGACUCGGCUCACGUUGCGAGGCUUUGGGGGCUCAGAAAGAAUCGACCUGCUAUGAACUAUGACAAGCUGAGCCGCUCCAUACGUCAAUACUACAAGAAGGGCAUCAUCCGCAAGCCUGAUGUGUCUCAGAGACUGGUCUACCAGUUUGUUCACCCAGUAUGAGGCAGCAGCAUAGUGGGAGGAGGAGGAGAUGGAAACCUAUGGAACUGAAAGGACACACUGUCUUACCGCCAUGCACUUGAAAAUCCAAGCCCGAGAUGAAAAGGUGACAUGGAACAUGUGCACUGACCAACCCUGAUGGUACACACUUCACUGCCAACGCUGGAGCAACAGCUGGCAGCUUCUGCAUGAAGGCUCAUCUGUGCAUGGGCCUAGAGGAGGAGGCAAAACAGUGUGGCCACUGAGGCUUUUCCCUGCUGCAGAAUAACCACAGAUUAAAAAACAGAAAAAAAAAAUAAGUAAAUGAACUGCCUUGUCAUUUGCAUGAUCUGCCUGUUCAGCUUUCAUUAAUGUGAUUCUUUACACAUUGUGCCAAACACUUCCAAGCUUAUAAGCUUCUAGAAAAAUGGCCAUCGCACACAGCUACAUUGUCUUUUCGUUUCACUCAUCUUGACCACUGUCUCUGUUUGACUUGGAGCCAGUUUCCUGCAACAGUUUAAAAUGUGGUUAGGAUUGUUUUUUUUCUUUUAUGGGUUUGGUCCUGUCUGUUAUAUACACAAUCGGUCAGACAGAACAGGGUGCUCUGAUGUCUCAUCUGCAAGAUACAGAUGAGGAGACUUUAGCAGUUUGCUGAAUCUGGAUCCAACUGGACCCUGAAACCCUGCUGUGACUGGCCUGAUAAUGCCACUCGAAUGUAAUGUCUAAGGUGUAACUUGGUACAGAGUGAUACAUUCUCUUCAUAUUGUUUCAUUGCUUAGGAGCCCUGCUUUAUAUAUAUUAUGCUGUCAACCCUGGUUUAUCCUGCUGUAUCCUGAGUGUUGCAUUUGAUGUUGUCGGGUGUUUUGUUUUCGGUCGAGACCCAAAGUUUUAAAAUAAAUUGAUACAAAAUAAAUAAUCAUUUGAAUAAAUAGACAAAAUGUAUAAUGGGAUCAUGAAAUUGUGAAAUAAUUAAAUGAAUGUUUAGCCGUGUUAGCAGCGUGGCUCCAUUGAUGCCAGUGUCAGCCCACCACAAGAUGAACUGUAUUAGCUUUGAUGAUCCCUUAAUGUGUCAUCAAGCAACACCAUCAAGUCAAAUACUUUGGUUAAUUACCAAAAACCUGCAAAACUGUACUUUGUACUAAUUAGUGAAUGGUGGCAUGCUCUCAGUGCUAACAUUAGCUUGUUAGCUAAUUGUGAGAAUAUUAGCAUACUGGUGUUAAGCGCCACUGUGAAAAUGUUACUGGAGACUAUGCCUCUGUAGUUUCUCUCUCAUUUACUCCAGAUCACUUUAUUUCAGCAGCUUUAAUUUAAAAAUGCCCUUUUUUCUAAAGUCUCCUAAUUUCACAAUGCUAUUUUCUUCAGUGAGCAUUUUGUUAAAUAACAUCAUUUUUCAUUCAGAAAAAAACGGGAGGAGCAACAGCAAAUGAAAUGCUAAUGCUAAUUAGAUAACAGCCUCUGGCCUGUUUGUCUUGAAUGACUCACAAAGAUGUGGUGAUGAAAAGGGACAUUAUUUCAUAACAUGCUCAUUGGGGGGAAUGGCUGUUUUGAAAUGAUAACAGGCUAUAAAAUAAAAGUCACUUGGAAUAAAGUGUUUUAUUUUGAAAGGAAGCAGGAUGAAGUAACAUCAUUUUUUUUUAUUGGAUUAUUUCCAGAUUUCAUCAUUUUCAUACCAUUUUUGUCUGAAUUUAUUCAUAUGAGUAUUAUUUCAUAUUUUAUUUAUUUAUUUAAUUUUGAAGCUUUCAGGGGUGCAUGAUUCACACUAACUUCUUAUCACAGUGCUUAUUAUUGUCAUUUCUGCUUAAAUGUCUGCCAUAAUAAGGAUAGGACAUCCAAGCUUAAA